AUGUUCCUUCCUGUGGUCGUCCUUUAUCUUCUCCACAGCCUGGGCACCGAUGAGAUCAGCCCCGGGGUUGCGAAUCUGAUGAAGUACGGCCGGAUGAUUGUCAAAGGUGUCUCGCGUCUCCUUGAGCCUGCGCUCGGCAUCCUCAUUUGCCUCAUUGCGGGUCUGGUGGACGAUAAGGUCACGGUCGAUCUGAGGCUGCUGGUCUCUCCGACGGAGCUUAUCAUUGGCCUCAGCAAGGGCAUUCUUGGCGAUGUCCCUUUCUCUCCUCAACGAGGUAUUCUGCUGAUACCACUUCUUAGUUGUGCUCUUAUCCCGCUCGCUCUGCACGUGGAGGAAGGCGUGCUCCCUUGCCUUGAGGUCACGCCGGUAUUUGGCCUCGAGCUCUGA